GGUUACACUGUGAGAAGAUGGAAACAGAAGAAGAAGAAGGAGGCGCAGCUCCACCGGGGCCUGAUUCUGCUAACAGGCUAUCGUUGCACAUCGGUUUUUAGCUGGGCGUUAUAUAUUGUUAGUCACCGUUUUCCGUGAUGUACGAGAUUUCACGGUGCUACAAAGUCAAAGACUUGAGGAGCUGACAUCUCAUCAUUUUGUUGGACAAAGAACCUUCACUGAUUGCCAAGGACAUCUUUGCCCAUCGGUGUAUAGAGAUUUAGCAGCAUAUUCAGGUUCAAAAGUGAUGCCAUCAGUACACGGACAGAAUAGUUUUAUCAUGGAAAAACAGUCACCUGUUGCUUCAGCGCAGUUGGGAGGAGAAGCCAGUGCUUUCAUCUGCACGGAAUGUGGUGAUGGGUUUAGUCAGUACGCCAGUAUAUUGGCCCACAUGUCUAAUCAUGGACCUUUGGAGUCUUUUUCCUUUGAUGGCUCAUCUAAUGGAUUUGAUAUUCCUCAGGAAUAUGUGCUUCAAGAAAAUGGUACACUGAUUGUUGUAAAUGGCUUGCCUCAGUUGAAUUCUGUAAGCUCUUCAAAUUCUUCUUCCGCACCUAUUCCUCCCGAAAGACUCUCAUCACCUUUGCCGUCACCUGUUAAGCCAACUACUACAACUCAGAACUCGCAGCCCUUCUCAAACAAAGACUCAUUAAGACCCAAGCCACCAGGCUUGAGCUCGGACGUGUUUCAGCAGAACCGUUGUCGUUGUGAAAUAUGUAAUCGUUCUUUUAGUACGACACAGUCUCUGCACCGUCACCAGCAAUAUGGGAAUUCCGAAAGGGGCUUUCGGUGUACUCUGUGCUGCAAGAUCUUUCAAGAUAAAAGCAACCUCAAGAAACACCUUCAGGACCAUUUCAAUGAAAAAACCAGAUGUUGUGGUCACUGCGGUAAACGAUUCCUUAAAAUUGAUGCGCUCAAUGCUCAUCAAAAAGAGAGUCACUCCAUGCCCAAGGCUUUGGGUAAACCAGAAAGUAAGGAAGACAAAAAGUCAGAAAAGGCAUAUCCCUGCAACAAGUGCAAGCUGAUUUUCUUUUGGAUGUCAGACCUCCAAAUACAUUCGUUGUAUCAUUGCAAGGGACAGGAGCUUGAUGUGGAGUUGGACUCUGAUUUUGAAACUGAAGAGAAUUCAAAGCAUUCUGAUGAUGGGGAGCUUGUAAACUGCCACGCCAAUGGUCCAUCCAAUGAUACGAGGAACGGAGGACGAAAAAUCUCAAGAGAUGGCAGUCUUGAAAAGAAUAAGCAGCCCACAUUCACGCCGUAUAGAUGUGGUCUAUGCGGGGAUCGUUUUGAGAGGUUAGCAACUCUAAAGGAGCAUCAUGUCACACAUCAAACUCAGGAGGAAAUAGAUGAGAUGAAUAAGGAAUAUCAAAAGCCCAUAAAACGAGUUAUGCCACCAAAUACCAGCCGGAGAGGAUCUAAUCCAAAUGGAAAACUUCAUCCUUGCAAGCAUUGCCACCGAGUUUUCAAUCACUCUAGUAGUUUGUCUCGACACAUGAGAUAUCAUAAAGGCACAAUGCACACUUGUGUAUUUUGUGGCAGACAUUUUCCACAGCGCUGUGAUUUAAGAAGACAUGUGAUCAUGUACCACAAAACUGAAGGUUUAAAAUUGUUGCACUCAAAUUCACAAAGUGGGCCUUUAUCUAAUUCUGCUGAUGAUGAGAAACAGGCCAACAAUCCCGAGGACAACAUCAAAGGAUCUUCUGACAAUGAACAGACUUCCACAGAGCAAACUGGAAAAGCUGGCAGAGUUAACUACAAAUGUCAGGAGUGUGGAAAGAAAUUUGGACUUUUGUGUGUGUACCAACGACAUUUGCGCUAUCACAAGAAAGAGCCCACUAAGUCUCUCAAGAGUCUAGCUGAUAUUAAGAAGAAUUCAUCCCCUGAGGUUCAUCUUCAAGAUCACCUGGACCCUGAAGAACCAGAUGAUGGCCAGAAAUCUCCUGGCAGAGGAAACACUGUACACGAGGAGCUAAAAAAAGAUAAUCUAGAAGACAUAGAGGAGGAUGCUAUGGACCAAAAACAAAAUGAGAAAGGCAGUUCUUCUGAGGCCCUUUAUGAAUGCACUGAGUGCACUCAGACAUUCUCAUGUUUGGACACAUUUCUUGAGCACCAGGCUUCUCAUGACUCGGAAGUGAAAGCUAUUGUAUAAGAAACAAAAGGUAUGGGUGGGGAGUGUACAAAAUACUUUUGUUUCAAAUAGAUAUUGAGAAGUUGGGCAGACUAUUUUUAACUCGCUAGUGUUCUUCCUCCAACUUGGAUUGCAGGUCAGCUGGCUUCUCGUAUUUUUUAGUGAUAUACAUUACAGUAGAGUUCUUUCAUUGUUUUACUCGCAUCAUGGAAUUGGAAUAUUUUUAAGUGUAUGCGUAUAUUCAUCCUUUUAAAAUACAGCAUUGUCAAACAUUAGAUUGUCAUUAAAAUGAUCAAGAUAACAUG